AUGGGAAUUAUCCCUCACUUUCUUGUUAUACCAUUUCCAGUGUUAGGACACAUUAAUCCCCUAACACAAUUCUCUAAUGUUCUAACCAAACAUGGUUGCAAGGUCACUUUCUUACACACUGAAUUCAGCCACAAGAGAGCUAAAAUCUCUGAGGAUGAUGAUGGUGGUUCCCAAGAUCACAUUAAAUAUGUGACACUCCCAGAUGGUUUGGACCAUGAAGAUGAUAGAAGUGACCAUGUUAAGGUUCUUUUUUCUAUGAAAAAAACAAUGCCUUCUUUGCUUCCAAAGCUCAUAGAAGAUAUCAAUUCUUUGGAUGCUAACAACAAGAUCAGUUGUAUUGUUGCCACAAUUAAUAUGGGUUGGGCCUUGGAAGUUGGUCGCAAAUUGGGAAUCAAAUGUGCUCUUCUAUUUCCAGGUUCAGCAACUACAAUGGCUUCAGUUCAUUGUCUCCCAAAGCUCAUGGAGGAAGGAAUUGUUGAUUCUGAUGGAAACAUCACCAAAACACAGGAAAUUCAAUUUUCUCCACUGAUGCCUAUGAUGGACGCAAAAAACUUUGCAUGGGGUACCAUUGGAAAGGCCUUCUUCGAUCAUCUUUAUCAGGAAGAGAUACAACUUCUCAACUUAGCAGAGUGGUGGCUUUGCAAUAGUGCCUAUGAUCUUGAACCAGGAGCAUUCUCCAUGUCUCCAAAGUUCCUAUCAAUUGGACCAUUGAUUGAAAGUGACAACAAUAACAAAAACAAAAGUUCUUCAUUUUGGCAAGAAGACACAACAUGCUUAGAAUGGUUGGAUCAACAACAACCUCAAUCUGUUGUAUAUGUUUCAUUUGGUAGCUUGGCAGUUAUGGAAUCCAACCAACUCAAAGAACUAGCACUUGCACUUGAUCUCAUUGACAAGCCUUUUCUUUGGGUUGUACGACCAGAUAAUAUGAAUAGCGAAAGAAACAACAAAUACCCAGAUGAAUUUCAUGGAAGAAAAGGCAAAAUUGUUGAUUGGGCUCCCCAGAAAAAAGUAUUAAACCACCCUGCUAUUGCUUGCUUCAUAAGUCAUUGUGGUUGGAAUUCUACUAUUGAAGGUGUGUAUAGUGGUGUUCCCUUCUUGUGCUGGCCAUUUUUCAGUGAUCAAUUUUGGGAUGAAUCAUAUAUUUGUAAUGUUUGGAAAGUUGGGUUGGGAUUGAACAAGGAUGACAAUGGAUUCAUAUCAAAGGAAGAGAUAAAGAAGAAGGUGUUGCAAUUGCUUGGUGAUAAAGCCAUAAGGGAAAGGUCUUUGAAAUUGAAACAAGUGACUAGGAAUAACCUAACUGAAGGUGGCCAAUCUACAAAGAAUCUUCAAAAUUUUGUCAAUUGGGCAAAGUAAUUGCAUUAUUGGAAUUUUUUUUUUUUUGUUGCCUGUAUUAAGUUGAAAAUUCAUUAUUAUGUUUGAUAGAAUAAACAUAUAGCUGAGAUGUGAUGAUAUUUUCCCAUCUUGCUAUAAUAAUAAAGUUAAUAAAAAGUAGCAAAGGUAAAAAGUGGUGUUGCCUUAACUUAUAUCAAUAAUUCAUCACUA